AUGGAACCCAGGUCAGCCACCUACAAGCCCUUUAAAGGAACUGACCAAUCAAAUGUUGUUCUUUUCUCUAUUCUAUAUUACACUUAUCUGACUGCAUCUGUGGGUACAAAGGUUGUUCUCUUUUGCCAACCCAUCUGCUCAGAUUAUGUGAUAUUAGCAACAUGGGGAAUAGACCUUGGAGGCAAGUUUAACUGCAGCAUAGCCUACCACCCAGAGAAAAAUGAGACAAACAGCACAUGUCAUGAUAAGGGACUAACCUGGUUCUCCAGACCUGACCAGAAUACAUCCCUUCAGAUUGAUCCAGUGGCUGUCAGUCAUGAAGGGAAUUAUUCUUGUGAAAUUGUAACGCUGGAUGGGAAUUUCCAUCAUUAUUAUCACCUCCAAGUGUUAGGUAAGGAACACCAUGUAUUGUAG